CAGUAGUUAACCAUAAAACAGCUGUUUCACAUGUUCAUGGCGCGCCGGACGUAAACAUGCAAUGAUGCAUUGGACGUGAUAUGACUUGUGCUUAUGAAAGAUUUCAGUAAUGCUUGUUUAGGUUAAGAUCAUUUCAUGCUCAGACAGAUCAAACCUCCCGAAAAUAUAGAUAUAUUGCACGGAUGUUGGAAGUCCAGGGACACUGCGUUUGGAGAUAAGCAAAAGAUAGCCAGAGGUUGAAGAGAAGAUGGCUCACGAGGACAAGAAAAUGAAAUUGAGCGAGGAGUGUUCAUUAGAGGAUUCCCCACAACCGUCAGCAUCGGCAACGACGAAGAAACAUGUCUUAGUGGGAUGCACCGGCAGCGUUGCUUCAAUCAAGGUGCCUCAGCUCGUACGGGAACUUAUGAAACAUGAACAGCUCCAGGUAUCAGUGGUUGCCACGGAGAAAGCCUGUCACUUUUUCCAGGCAUCAGACCUCCCCAGAGAAGUAGCGUUGUACCGCGACGAGGACGAAUGGUCGACUUGGAAGAACCGUGAUGAUCCAGUCUUACAUAUUGAGCUGAGGCGUCAAGCCGAUGUCCUAGUUAUAGCACCACUGGAUGCCAACACGUUGGCCAAAAUAGCCAACGGACUCUGUGACAAUCUCCUGACUUGCGUUGUCCGAGCAUGGGAUAUGUCUAAGCCCAUGUUAUUCUGCCCCGCCAUGAACACUCACAUGUGGACUCAUCCCGUCACGGCCGCGCAGAUCAACACUCUCAGGUCUCUGGGCUACCUCGAAGUACCCUGCGUGGAGAAACGGUUGGCUUGCGGAGAUACAGGUGCAGGGGCCAUGGCAGAAGUUCCCACCAUUGUGACUGCUGUCCUCGAUGCUCUGAACAGGUAGCCCAACCCUGCUGGUUCCAAUUUUAUGGAUCUCAUCAGCAGAAAUCUUGGCUGAGCAAAUUGUCAUGCUAUUUAAGCAGAAAUCAGCGGGGAGCCAGCCACAAGCAAUGUACAUAUCACGGGACAUUUUGACUGGUAACCCACGUUGGCCUGAGCAAAUAUGAUCUGGGCUUAGCAGAUGACAGUGUUGUGACAAUCCAGCCUGAGGUGAAUGUAGGUGAAGUCAGUGAGGACAGCUUUGAUGACCUCAGCAGGCCUCAGAAAAGGACCAGCUGACCGAAGUGAAGACCAGCAUUGACCCUCUGCAAGAGAGUGUCUAAUACUCGCAAGAGUCAAACUACAUGAACAUUAAAGCUUGGGCAGUUUUGUGCACUGAAAAUUAUCGACAUGCACCUGUACAUGUACCUUUACAAUCCUGGCCAAAUCUUGCUGGGCCCCCCGGCCCCCGUUCAAUGUUGUCUCUCAUUGCGCGGUGUGUGCUCCAUCAGCUGGAGAGAACAACAUUGACCGGGGGAGUGGGUGACUGUGGCGGGCUCAAAAAGUGUCCCAACCAUUUUGGCCGGGAUUGUAGGCACCAUUGAGACAUGUGGACAGUUUUCAAAUUUAAAAAAAAACCUUUUUGAUCGCGCACGUGGCUGUGGGCUAUGUCCAUGUAUUUUGUCACAAAUAAAAUGCCGAGUACAUUUUAUUACAAAAGUAGAAAGCUGUAAAUAGAAAAAUCUUCACCUUACAAUUUUCCUUCGCUUUUCAUUUUCAUUUAAUGCCUUGGCUUGUUUGUUAGCAAACUGGAUUUAUCACCAAUUCAUACUUUGUCACCGUUAAACUAUUGAUAGAAACAAUGCAAGUCAGUGAAAUGACUCUAUUCUGAUAAUGCGCCUAUGAAAUGUCCCCCCCCCCCCCAUUCAGUCAACUGACAAAAGCAGGAAUCGGAGUGGCAUAGCUGUGUUAUCAAUCACCAACAGUCAAAGCACAGCUGCAUCAAGUUACUGUUACAUAAACAGUCACAGCCAGCUAAUCCUGUUUUAAGUAGGCUGGGAGCUCUGAACUGUUGAAAACAGUCACUUGAUUGAUUUUAACUGAAAUGACAUCUUGGCACAAUACAUGUAUAUGUUUGCAUAGCAGGGUUAAGGCCACAUUUAGAUUGGUGGUAGUCAAAGAUAUUCUCAAGUAAGUUUACACUCAAUAGGAAUAUUUCAGUUGAAUAAUACCAGUGCAGUACUGACUUUAAUUCAUUUUGUCACUUCACAUGUUUAAACGGAUAAAAUGUAUUUGUUUAAAUUAAAUGCAAGUACAAGAAUUUGUUGUCAACAUGUACAAAAUGUAUUAUUCAUUUAUUUGACUGAUAUGAAGUGAGCCCUUGUUUAUAGCUUAGAAUACAGCUUCAACCCAGCACAUGGUUUCAUAUUGAGUGUACAUAAAGAUUUCAUCUGAAGAGAGAUUCUUCAUAACAGCCGGUUCAAAGUUAAAAUUAAUUUUGUGCUAUCCUCUUUGAACCCGAACCACCCAAAAAUAUCUUAACCUUGCUGAAGGUAUUUUACAGGAGUCGCUAUUUUACAGCCGAGUUUCUAUUUCUAUUCUGUGUUUUGUUUGUCACAUACUGGGUAGUGUUUGAUUUUUGAGUAUUCGGGAAGCGACCCACUGCGUUAGGGUUACAUGUGGUUCUAAUGCAGCUUUGUAUUUCAAAGUUAUGUAAAGUUCAUUCGUACAUAACAUAUAAAAACUUUGGGAUUUCUUUUGUGAGACAAAUGGUACAACUUCACUUUCUGCUUCAUGCAAAUUGUAAACCACAUUUUGUUUAUUUUACAACAUGAUUCUUAUUCCACAAUUUGAUGCAUGAAAAUAGGGAAGAAAAUCUGCAUUGACAUGCCACCAAUGUUGACAGUAAAAGUGUCUCUUAGCAAUGUAUUAAAAAUAUCGAAUAACAUUUUUAAUUGUUUUGCUUUGUUUAGUUCAAUCAAUCAGUGCAUUAACUCUGUGCAAAAUAAAUUUAAAAAAAAACAUAAUUCUAUUGAAAUUUUUGCUUAUAUUAUAAUAUAUAAAUGAGUAUGCUUGAAAAUUCACUACAUGUAUUUGGGGGG